AUGGCAUGCAGCGUCAGCCAUCGUUUGGCGGCCGUGGUGGCAUGCCCGUUCAGGGACAAGGAGGCAUGCAGCGUCAGCCAUCGUUUGGCGGCCGUGGUGGCAUGCCCGUUCAGGGACAAGGAGGCAUGCAGCGUCAACCAUCGUUUGGCGGUCGUGGUGGCAUGCCCGUUCAGGGACAAGGAGGCAUGCAGCGUCAACCAUCGUUUGGCGGUCGUGGUGGCAUGCCCGUUCAGGGACAAGGAGGUAUGCAGCGUCAACCAUCGUUUGGCGGUCGUGGUGGCAUGCCCGUUCAGGGACAAGGAGGCAUGCAGCGUCAACCAUCGUUUGGCGGUCGUGGUGGCAUGCCCGUUCAGGGACAAGGAGGCAUGCAGCGUCAGCCAUCGUUUGGCGGUCGUGGUGGCAUGCCCGUUCAGGGACAAGGAGGCAUGCAGCGUCAGCCAUCGUUUGGCGGUCGUGGUGGCAUGCCCGUUCAGGGACAAGGAGGCAUGCAGCGUCAGCCAUCGUUUGGCGGUCGUGGUGGCAUGCCUGUUCAGGGACAAGGAGGCAUGCAGCGUCAACCAUCGUUUGGCGGUCGUGGUGGCAUGCCCGUUCAGGGACAAGGAGGCAUGCAGCGUCGGCCAUCGUUUGGCGGUCGUGGUGGCAUGCCCGUUCAGGGACAAGGAGGCAUGCAGCGUCAACCAUCGUUUGGCGGUUAUGAUGGCAUGCCUGUUCAGGGACAAGGAGGCAUGCAGCGUCAACCAUCGUUUGGCGGUAUGCCGCAAUCUAGUGCGCAGCGACGUGUGA